UUGAGGAAGGUGCAUCUGUCCUCUCGCUGAGUUCUGCUUUCGAAGACCAUCUUUAACUGCAUCAGGCUCAUCUCAGCAUGCAUUACAGAACGGUAAUAAUGUACACCGAAAUAGGGUGCUUUGUAGCAUCCGUUUGCGGGUGGAUCUUGGUUUGUUCCACGAUGCCAACGAAUUAUUGGGCUUAUUCUGAAGUGGACAGUUUAGUUCUGACAUCUGGACACUAUUUCUCCAACCUCUGGAAAGACUGUCUGUCUGACUCCACUGGUGUUACUGACUGCAAAGAGUUUCCCUCCCUGCUGGCUUUGCAGACAUACAUUCACCUGUGCCGAUCUCUCGUCAUCACCUCCAUAAUUCUGGGAUUCUUCGGCUCCGUUCUGGCUUUGGUGGGGAUGAAGUGCACAAAACUCGGAGGGUCUGAAAUUUUGAAUGCAAGAAUUACCUUUGCUGCAGGGAUGAAUUACUUGUUAUCAGGUCUCUGUGGCAUGCUUGCCUACAGCUGGUAUGCCCACAAGGUUAUUUCAGAGUUCAUGGAUCCGAAUUACAAAGCAAAAAAGUUUGAACCGGGAUUGGCUCUGUUUGUGGGAUGGGGCGGCUCUGCUCUCCUCGUGGUCGGAGGGUUUGUUUACAGCAUCACUUCAGGGAAGGAGGGCUGCCAAUCUAGCUCCAAGACUGAAGAGAUGUCAUAUCACAAUCCUUCCUCAAGUCUCUCUGAACCAAACCAGAAGACAUACAGUCCUCCGCUGUCACCCAUCCCUGACAGGGCAAAUCUGAAGUCCAGCAAACUUCCCAAAGCAUCUCACGCUGUGGACGCAUACGUCUGACGGGUUCCUUUCAUGUUAGAAUGUUUCACAAACACUGUUGGUAAUACUUUAUGUUAAGGUGUCUAUUACAUGUUAAAUGUACUUACUAUUAUAGUAACAAUUAAUUAUGCAUAAUUACAUGCAAGUAACCCUAAGCCAAACCUUAACCAUAUAGUAGAUACAUGUAGUUGACAUAAACACCUUAAAAUAAAGUGUAACCACACUUACUUUCAAAGAUGAUACGGAAAAGGUUUUUAGUGAUAGGUAAGCCUUUUUUAACACCAUGAGCAUAGUGAUGAAGAAACUGUGGUUUCAGUCACAAACAGAUAGAACUGUUUGACAGAAAUAUGUCAGAUCUGCUGGUCUGUGUUGAUUCUAGUCAGUCCUGAUGACUAUAUGCUCAGGUUUCAUACACAAUUUCCAUUUCAAAAUUCUAGACUUUCCCAGACUCACAUUUUAUAGGGGAAAAUAAAUUAUUAGUGUGUAGCCAAUGAUUACUGGUUCAAAUUCACAAUAUUGAAUUCACAGUUUAAUACUCUCACAAUACUACAAAUAGUGUUAUCACAGUACCAAAAUAUAAGAAGUCUACCAAUGCCAGUAAAACUUCACAGUUCUCUGUACCAUAUAAAAAAAACUGUUGGAACUAUUGAAGGUUUUUGUUUUGUUAUAAUGAAAGGAUUCACAACUGUACAGAACUCCAAAGCACUAAAUGAAAACCCCUUAAACACAUCUGACUGGUCUUUGCGUUCACAUGCUCAACAAACAUGUCUGUAGUUUGCUACAACGCUCAGCUCACGUAAAGAGGAACAUUUGAUGCUCUUUCCUGAGCACAAAUACAAACAGGACUGUUUGGAAACAGCUGCCAGUCCUGAAGAACCACCGGUAUCAUUAACUACAUAUGUACAAUUUCUGUACUGACUUUGUACUGUUAUACUGGUAUUUUGACAACACUACAAACAAGCCUGAAGAAAAGUUCAAUUUGAAUGUUUGUUUUAAUAAAUUACAAGACAUACAAAUUUGGGACCCACUUAAGUGUCCUUAACUACGAUGUACUUAUAUUUAAAUGUAUCAUUUGAUGCAAUGCAUAUAUUGUGUACAUACAUGUUUUUACAUUGUACUUCUAUGUGAAAAUACUGUCUUGUUAAUACACUGUUGACCCUACUUCUACUCUACAGCAAGUGUUUAGCAAUUCAACAUAAACACAAUCGGUACAUUGCACCUGACAAUUUUUUAGAGACACCUAAUAUAAUGCGGGACCCAAAUUAGAUUCUUUAACUGUUACUAAAAUUUUCAAUGUAAUAUUUCAGAAAACAGA